CCUGGAAACAAAGAGUUGAAGUCUCAAUAGAAAACCCCACCUGUGAGAUCCAGGAAACUAACAAAUCACUGAUAAAACAAACCAAAGUGAUAUUUUUAUUGGUCAUUGCUAGAAUUAUUGACAUAGAACCUAUUUACUAGUAGCUAGUAAAUUCCUAAUUGAGAAACUGAAUUUUCAGAAGGUCUCUGCUGUUCAGAUGGAAAAUUACUUAUUUAUUUAUUUAUUUACUUAUGUAUUUAUUUAUUUGGUUAGAAUAAUUCCUAACCCAAACCAAAUCUGUGUGAUUUGCUUAUCCAUCUGAGCCUAGAAACUGUACACUUUGUGACUUCUAACUAUAUUUGAUGUUGGCUCUAUGGACAGUAAGAAAAAUAAGAGUUCAAAAAUGUUUUGAGCCCAAGUGAUAAAUUUUCAUCACAGGUAACUAUGUAGCAUCAUGCAUAUACUAUAUAUGUAAAGAUUAUACAAAGGUGCAGCUGUGAAUAAUUUUCUCUAAAAAUGUAUGACCAAAGAAUGUAGAAACCCUAAAUACAUAGAAGGGACUAAAAGAAGAAAGAUUUCUCAUUUUAGGUAUUAGAUCUACUGAUAUAAAGUAAUAAAAUAAAAAAUCAUGCACAAAACUACCUCCCCAGAGAAAGGCUAGUCCCUAUUCCUCCCGAUCCAUUUCAUUAUGAACAUAGUAGAAAACAGCAUAUUCUUAUCAAAUUUGAUGAAAAGUGCAGACACAUUUGAAUUGAAAUAUGACUUUUCAUGUGAACUCUACAGAAUGUCUACAUAUUCAACUUUCCCAGUUGGUGUUCCUGUCUCGGAAAGAAGUCUUGCUCGAGCUGGUUUUUAUUAUACUGGUGUAAAUGACAAGGUCAAAUGCUUCUGUUGUGGCCUGAUGCUAGACAACUGGAAACAAGGAGACAAUCCUAUUGAAAAGCAUAAAAAGUUGUAUCCUAGCUGCAACUUUGUUCAGAAUCUAAAUUCAGUAAACAACUUGGAAGCUACCUCUAGGCAUACUUUUCCUUCCUCAGUAACAAACUCCACACAUUCAUUACUUCCACGUAUGGAAAACAGUGGAUAUUUCGGUGGCUCUUAUUCAAGCUUUCCAUCAAAUCCUGUAAACUCCAGAGCAAAUCAAGAUUUUUCUGCCUUGAGGACAAGUCCUUACCACUAUGCAAUGAAUACUGAAAAGGCCAGAUUGCUUACUUAUCAGAUGUGGCCUCUAACAUUUCUCUCACCAGAAGAUCUGGCAAAAGCAGGUUUUUACUACAUAGGACCUGGAGACAGAGUGGCUUGCUUCGCUUGUGGUGGAAAAUUGAGCAAUUGGGAGCCGAAGGAUGAUGCUAUGUCAGAACACCUAAGACAUUUUCCUCACUGCCCAUUUUUAGAAAAUCAACUUCGAGACACUUCCAGAUACUCUAUUUCUAAUUUGACCAUGCAAACACUUGCAGCCCGCUUUAAAACGUUCUUUAACUGGCCCUCUAGUGUUGCAGUUCAUCCCGAGCAGCUUGCAAGUGCAGGAUUUUAUUAUGUGGGUCACAGUGAUGAUGUCAAAUGCUUUUGCUGUGAUGGUGGACUGAGGUGUUGGGAAUCUGGAGAUGAUCCAUGGGUGGAACACGCCAAGUGGUUUCCAAGGUGCGAGUACUUGAUAAGAAUUAAAGGGCAAGAGUUCAUCAGUCGUGUUCAAGCCAGUUACCCUCAUCUACUUGAACAGCUGUUAUCUACACCAAACUCUUCAGAAGAUGAAAACAGAGAGUUCCCAGUUAUUCACUUUGGACCUGGUGAAAAACAUUCAGAAGAUGCAGUCAUGAUGAAUAUACCUGUGGUUAAAGCUGCAUUGGAAAUGGGUUUCAGUAGAAGGCUAGUAAAACAGACAGUUCAGAGUAAAAUCCUAACAACUGGAGAGAAUUACAAAACUGUCAGUGAUCUUGUGUUAGACUUACUUAAUGCAGAAGAUGAAAUAAGGGAAGAAGAGAAAGAAAGGGCAAGAGAAGAGAAAGAAUCAGAUGAUCUAUUAUUAAUCCGGAAGAACAGAAUGGCACUCUGUCAACAUCUGACUUGUGUAAUUCCAAUGCUGAAUAGUCUACUAACUGCCAGAGUGAUUAAUGAACAAGAAUAUGAUGUUAUUAAACAAAAAACACAGACAUCUUUACAAGCAAGAGAACUAAUUGAUACUAUUUUAACAAAAGGAAAUACUACAGCCACCAUAUUCAAAAACUGUCUACAAGAAACUGACCCCAUGCUAUACAAGCAUUUAUUUGUGCAACAGGACAUAAAGUAUAUGCCCACAGAAGAUAUUUCAGAACAGUUGCGCAGACUGCAAGAAGAAAGAACAUGUAAAGUGUGUAUGGACAAAGAAGUGUCCAUAGUGUUUAUUCCCUGUGGCCAUUUAGUAGUAUGCAAAGAUUGUGCCCCUUCUCUAAGAAAAUGUCCUAUUUGUAGGAGUACAAUUAAGGGUACAGUGCGUACCUUUCUUUCAUAAAGAAGAUUCAAAACUAAAUUUCAGAAUUAAUGGGUUAAAUGUAUUAUAAUUUUAACUUUUGUACGGACUUGGUUUACUUAAAAAUUUUAUUUAUUUAUAACUCAUAACCUUUUUAAACAUAUUUAUAGCUCUAAAACAUAUUAAUGCAUAUAUUUUAGAAACAAGAGGAUGUCAGGUUUUGUUCUUGUGAACAGAGAUUCUCUUCCUUUUGAUCAAUGUUCUUUACAUAGAAGGUCUUAAUAGUUGUUUAAUGACCUUUUAGUGACAUAUUUUUAUAAAGAAUUGUGAGGAACAAUUUAAUAAAGCAACAAAAUUUA